AUGCAAAUCUUUCUGACAAUUUCACCCUCCAAAGCCCCUCUAAUUUUCCCAUUCCACCCACCCAUUCCAAAGACGCCAAAAACCCAGAGAACUUCACUGAAAACUCUUUCCAAACCUGUAAAUUCUCUUAAAGGGUCGCCUCUUUUACCGGCAUUCGGCCGAGCAAUCGAGGAUGACGAGUACCGACUAGCCCGGUCGCAGGUUCUCCGGAAAGGUGUGGACUUGGAAGGCUAUUCCAUUGAGGGUCUUUCAAUUGGUGGCCAUGAGACUUGCAUUAUCAUCCCAGAGUUCAAGUGCGCUUUCGACAUCGGCAGGUGCCCCUCCAGGGCCAUUCAUCAGAACUUUGUUUUCAUCACUCAUGCUCAUCUUGAUCAUAUUGUGAGCUCCUCUUGCUCUCCUCUGUUGGGUGCCCAUAAUUGGUUUGCUUCAGGUGGGCUGCCAAUGUAUGUAGCCAGCCGUGGUUUGUACAACUUAAAACCUCCAACAGUAUUUGUGCCUCCUUGUAUCAAAGAGGAUGUGGAGAAGCUAAUAGACAUUCACCAGACCAUGGGCCACGUGGAAUUGAACCUUGAUUUGGUUGCAUUGGAUGUGGGUGAGACAUAUGAAAUGCGGAAUAACCUUGUUGUCCGGCCAUUUAGGACUGAUCAUGCUAUACCCAGCCAGGGUUAUGUUAUUUACUCGGUUAGAAAAAAGCUGAAGAAACAGUACAUGCAUCUAAAAGGGAAACAGAUUGAGAAAUUGAAGAAGUCUGGUGUGGAGAUUACAGAUGUUAUAUUGUCACCAGAGGUGGCCUUCACAGGGGAUACAACAUCAGACUAUAUGCUGGAUCCACGCAAUGCUGAUGCCUUGAGGGCAAAGGUUCUUAUAACUGAGGCAACUUUUCUGGAUGAAGGGUGCAGCAUUGAGCAUGCACGACAACAUGGUCAUACUCAUAUAGACGAGAUCAUUGAAAACGCCCAAUGGAUUAGAAAUAAGUCAGUUCUGUUGACCCAUUUCUCCUCCCGCUACCAUUUAGAGGACAUUCGUCAAGCUGUAUCAAAGUUGCAGUCUAAGCUCUCGGCAAAAGUGGUUCCUCUUACAGAGGGUUUCAAAUCUAUGCACGCUUAG